AUGGUAGGAAAACGAGGUGCACCUACCAAGCGAUUAGCACCGAAGAAGCCUCCUCCGCCCAUCUUCCCCGACACGAACUAUCCCAAGCCUCCGCCCACUCCACCCGGCUCUCCUCCCCCAUACAGGAUGCCUCGCUGUGCGUUUGACUGCGCCUGCGGUCGAAUCACUCCGUUCGUGGUGCGUAUCGCCGUAUCUGAAACCAGGAGGAAUCCACAGCUCCUCCCCUAUAAUUCCCCCGCCGUUUCACACGUAGUGAUGCUCCGGUUGAAAGCCGAGAGCGACGAAAUGGUAGCGAGGGUGGGGAGUUUCAUGAAUCGUCUCAUCGCCUCGCUCAAAUCUCGCUCCGUGUCUUCUGCCUCCUUCGCAAAAUGUCUCCUCGAUAUACAGGCCUAUAACCCCACCCGAGGGAUCCCGGCACCUUUACUGGAGCAUCGAUCUAAAGAGAUAAAGAGCCUGACAUCGAUCGACGACUUGAUCCUCACGGUCUCCGACUACAUCUCUUUCUUCAACUCUGGCGUUCUGGAGCACCUGGUUAGCGAGCUGGGCACGGACGAGGAUCGAGAAGAGCUCGAAACGUUUCUGUUCUACAGUCGCGUGUUCUCGAAACGCUCCGUCUUUCAGGUCCCGUCGUACGCGUACGGUUACCUGCGCCUGAGAACCGAAAGUUUGGUGGUGAUGCGGGUCGACGACAGAUUGGCCCCGAAAACCGGCGCGAGUAUUCAGGAGCUCUCAAACUUCAUGGGAAAGGUCUGCGACGUUCUCCAGCUGCUGCCGCACACGUUACACUUCUGUGAGGCGGACCUCGACCCCGGGGGACGGUUCGGAGCUGGGAGGUCGCUGGAGAUUGCGUUUCGGGUCCCACCACACGUGGUGCACGAGGUCUUCCCUCUCUCCACCGAGGAGGAGAAGGAUAUAAAACCAAAUGACCCUGAUGCUUUCUCCCGGACGCUGACUGGACGAAAGUCGGGUAACCAGAAACUCGAGGAGUCUCUGUCGAGCAGGCUGAAGCUGUGCUGUGGCUACCACUGGCAGAUGGAGAGACAGCGCAGUCAGAGCUGUACCCUGGUGACCGGAGUAGACGCAGGGUAUGACGGUGACAGCGACUCGUCGAGCGACGAGAGAGCGCCACUCGAGCCCAUCCCCGUCGUGGCCCUCCGACCCAGCUACCAGAAGAGACUCAUGUGGCGAUUGGCAAACUCGCACUUUUGA